AUGAAAAACUUUGCAACUAACCCCAAAAAUAUUGGUGGAAUGAAGAUGCUUAAUGACAAUAUGUUUUUACAUCAUAAAGCACUGAUAGAUGCUAAGCCAGCUAUCAAAAUUAAACCACCCAGACCUGUAAAUUAUUACUUAAAAUAUAGCAUGUAAACAACAUUAAAAAAGUGGAUCCCUAAAAACCUAAAGAAAUUGAUCUUCCAAUGUAUAAGAAUAAACAAGAAUUUGAUCAAGUUAUGAAAACAUUUCAAACUGUAAUUGGCAUGAAAAAGGGUAAGUCAUCCUAAUCAAUUUAGGGAGAAUUAAUUCAGAUGCUCCAAUUACAAUGGAAUUUCGAAGGAACAUCUCUGGAAAUGCGACAAAAAAAGAAAAAUUUGAAAGAGAUCAACACAUUUUAAAUUUGCAAUCCCAAUAUAGAAGAAUUGCAAGUGCUGGAAGCAUGUAAGAAAGAAAGAAAAAUUCUAAUGAUCCAAUAGCCCAUCCUCCUAGGUUCUUUAGAAGAGAAGGGGAAACUAUGGCAAAUAUUAAAAUCGAUAAAUUGUUACACCAUUUCGUAUAUAAUAAUCUUAUGCCUUAAUAGACAAAAGAAUAACGAAUGCUUGAAGAAACUCCUAAUAGCGAACUCUCUUAAAAGAUCGAAGAAUUGAACAAAAAGAAGGUUCAACUGUCAAAACCAAAAUAACCGAGAGCACAAUCAGCUAAACUUCCUACCUAAAAAUCUGAAUCUUCAAGUAGAAUUAAAACUAGGAAUGCUGAUGACAUUACAACUGAAGUGAAAGAUAUUCCUAAGGUAUCCACUAGUUCAGAAGAGGAUCUAGAAAAAUUAAGGUAGAUGCUCAUAAGUAAAAACUAUUUCUAUUUUAAGGGAUAAUUUUCCAUCAUAAAAUUUUCAAGACAUAAGACUUAGAAACCUUAUUCGCUCGAGUAUUAAAUUAAAAUCCUUAAAUUGAUUUGAUCAGAGCAGAAAUACUCUUUGAAAUGAUUAGAGAACAACUAAAAUCUUAAUGA